GAGAGCGGUUAGUUCUACGUUUCUUCUCGCGGAACGCGGUCUUUGUUCAAUCGCGUCGCGUUGGUGCGCGGUAAACGCGUGCUCGCGAUGGUAAUUUCAUCGUUGUUGUAUCGUUGAACCACUCGAACUCACCGUGUUCUCGCCAAAUUUACUAUUAUGCGAUAAAUCUCGCGUUAUUGAAGUAAUUUUUACCGUAGAAACUAUUCUUCACGGUGGUUAUUUAGUGUUUAGCGAAUUAGUGAACAGUACUGAAUAAAAAGAAAAAAAAGAGAAAGGAAAGACAAGGUGACGAGACGGAAGGACACACGAUGCAACGACUCCAAGGAAGAUUGAUUUACAUAACCGAUGGGAUAUCUUCCUCGAAACGCGAGUUCAAGCCUGUUGAAGUCAAUUAAUUCUGGCCAAUUAACGCCAUAUAACGUCAAUUACAGAUUCGUCGAGUCACGACGAUGUACUCCCAAGAAAUCGUAGUACCGUUACUCUCAAAGUUGCUUUUACAACAACGUGGUCGCAUUUCUGUUUCGCCAUCUCUCGUCUGUCCCAUCAUUUGUCAGCUUUUAUAUUUCUAUAAAAGUUAUUUUCUUUCUUUCGUUUUUCUUUCUCUGUUUCUUUUAUUUAAUCCUUUUUUUUUAACAAGACAUUUGUGAUGCGUGGUCAACAAUCCGAACGUUCAACCUUAUUCCUAAACUAUAUAUGUAUCGAGCUUAGUUACGUGUGUUUGCUGACGAACAAACGUAUACCAUGAUGCGUGCUAAUAGCGUAACCAGCUGUUACGGAUACAUGUGUCGAAUGCAAAGACGGAAAAAAUAUUUUCGUAGCCAAACAAGAUACGCGUUCUACGUCAAAGAGAACUGUCAAUUAAAUAACGCGAUAAAAACGGAGAAAAAUAAUCGAAUAUUGCAUUCGUUUUGCAUUUUACAAUUGCAUUUUAAAGAAAGACUAUGUUUCAUCGCGGUUUGAAGCUACAACUUUGGUACCGAGAUAACUGAAUCGGAAGAAUAUAUUUGUUUCAUUUCCGAGGAAUGCUAAAUUUCUAUUGAAAUAUGUACAUAUAACGGAUACGUGGGAUAAAGAAAGCAGAAAGAGAAAUAAAGUAGAGAAAUAAAAAUAAAAUAAAGUAAAAAUAAAAACUCAGUGAAUUAUAUGUAUAUAUCAGAAUUCUGAUUGUAGAGCAAUCCAACGGCUACAAAAAUCGCGAAAAGCUUCUAUCAUUUGAAACACGUUUUCUUGUUCUUCUUACUUCAUCAACCAACAACCACGCUGUAAACCACCGAUAAUUCAAGCUAACACAAACAAUCCGUAUAAAUAAACAUGAUCACAAUAACCAGAAAUCCGUGAGAGAUAUUUCCUCAACAAGGAAGAAUGCAACCCGGAGAAUUCGAUGAAUCAACUUAGAAGUAUCUCUCUUAAAAAUAUCGGUUCGUUUCCAACGAGACAGAGGUAUGCCAUUCAAAGAGACCACUGUUCUUUAAACGAAAAUACGGCCAAUGAUAGACGAUCUGAUCGAUGCAAAAAAGCACAAAGUGAUGUACAAGGUAAUGAAAAAGUCCUGUAGACUUAGCUCAAAGUUGCUAAAAAGGACAAAUAAUAUAUAAAAAAGGAACGAGGUGGGCAGUAGGAGAGAAUCAUCGGAAGAAUGUCGUGCAGGAAAAAGAUCGACUCGAAACUCUGGCUGGAGUAUACCCAAACGAUGGAAACCGAGGUGCGAACUCUCAAGCAAGAGCUGGUUCGUACUCAGGAGGCCUUGAAGGCAGCCACGAAGAGAUGCCGUGAUCUGGUGAAAGAGCUGGACAAUCGCACUGCGAACCACGAGUCCGAAAGAAGUCUUCGAGAUCAGCAAUUAUCGCGGAUACUUCGUGCUCUGUUGGUGCUGGAGGCACGGCUGAAGCAAGAGCAGAAAUCGAUCAGACAACUACUUUGCGAAAAGGACAAUGUGAUCAAGAACCAGCAGCUUGAAAUCGCUAAGCUCAGACGUUACACCAAGAAUUAUAUCAAAUGCAAACGCGAACAGACCCUUGGUAAAUCGUCAAUGAAGCUUAACACGGCAACCGACAUUAAAAACAACGAUUUGCAAACGCCCAAUGCCGAUGCAGGCUCCAGGCAAAACUGUGGAAUUAGUAAAGACAUUCAAAACCUGAAGUGCGAGAUAAUCACAAAACUGAAUUCGUCGGAGAUACCUGUUGCGCUCGAAGAGUUGGACAGAGGGGUGAAGAAGACGCACAGCUUCGCUGGGAGCGAUAUUUCGAAAACGAGUCUGACGAGCAGCGAAAACACAGAUGUGUCGAUUAUCACAACCACCACAGAGGGCAGCCCCUCGUUGCUCAGCACCGAGGGUUUCUGCGAGGGCGAAAGUAGCGACGUUUCACCCGGUUCCACGCUGAAUAAAUCCAAUAGAUGUUCGCCUACGAUGGUUACGGAUAGCGAGAACGAAAUCACAAUGAUCUACGAUGGUGAUGAUGAUGAACAGACGAUGUUGGUUGAAAACGGUUCUAAAUUGCCGAGGAAAAAGCUAGGAAUCGGUAGAUCGAGAACACAGAAGGCUUUGAACGAAACGGACAUGAUCGAACCGACGAAUAUCGCGAGAACGGAAAGUAAAGACGACGGAAUGGACUGUAACUUUGUGUCAGAGGACGAAGAAAAAGAACAGGAACCAAUUUAUGUAAACGCUUGCAACGAGACAAACUCAAGAAAUUUAGAACACACAGGAAACGUGAUCGCGGAAAUGCCGAAGAUGAACGAGGAUUAUAGUAAUAAUAAUAAUAACAGUAGCAAUAACGGGAGUAAUAAUAAUAAUAGUGUAUGCCUAAAAAUGGAAAUCGAAGAACACAACGCAGAAGAGACCAGCGGGAACUGGUACAGCGACCCUGACGAGGAUAAAGUCAACGACGACGUCUUUAGGCACAGCACAUAUCGACCGAAUAGCAAACAUAAUUCCGUUUUGGAGUGUGUUAAUCAGAUCCUUUUACGAGACAUGGAGGAGGAAGAGAGUAUUCUUUCCAUACCUAGGAAGUUUAAACAUCGAGGAAGAAUCGUCCGAUUUCAACCAGCUAAAUUAUCGGAUAUCGAGUCCGUGGGAUCUGAAAUGGAGAGGAAGAACUCUGAAGAAGGAAUUACAGAAAAAGAAUUAGCUAGCAACGAAUUGACCGAUGUUUCUGUAAACAGUUUCGAACCCACUGCUACAGAAGACGAGUUUGGCAUGAGUCUUACUGAAAGUACUUCAACCUCAAAUGUUGCAACCACGAUCACGAAUCAUGAGUCGAGUCUUGAGGAAGAAUCGGAAGAAUCAAAGGCUAUUCCAAUUGUCAUUAUAGAACCAAAGGUCGAAGUUGAGGAGACGAGGCAUACGAGUUUCCCCUCUUCACAGGUGAUACAAAAGACGAAAACGUCUGUAAAUGCGUCGAAUCCACCUUUAAAAUUAGAGCGUAUCGAGGAAAAGACUUGUCUGCAGAUGUCUACGAAAGGAUUGACCAUAGCAAAAAAUUUGGAUUAUGAGGAUAUCGAGUCACUUCCGGAGAUUAUAUCACCACCUCCUAAAACACCUCCUGCGUUGCCUCCCAAACCGCAGUUCAAGAAUAACACGUUAAUCUUAAAAAAGAUUCCUAGCCCCUCGUUUCUCAUCGAUGAGACGCGGAAGAAGCAACAGCUACUUGAACCUAGUUCGUCUGAACAUAGCAAGAAGAUAUUCGGUUUUAUAUCUUCUCCUUUAAAAUCUGCGGGGAUUAACGUAUCAUCUGCGAGAAGUUUAAACUUCGACGAUGCGAUUAAUAAAGUUACAGGGAACAAUGAAGAGGGGAACUUCUGGAAAAACAGGUUUAAUAAUGUCCGAUCUUCAUUCCAGACGCGUCAGAGCGUCAGUCAUGAAACUAACGGGGAACAAACCCGGAAAAUUCCCAGAGUCACUAACAUCGUUCGCCAUUUUGAAGAAUUCAAAAUUGGCGGUGAAUCGGAGGAUCAAACAAAAGAACGCACGAAAACCAAGGAGAAACAUGUCCAUUCAGAAUUUGAUCAGGAAUUUGAUAUCAGACAAAAUUUUGAAGAGUUCAAUUUGGAUGAAUGUGAUUUGUCAGAUGAUCCGGAUAGACCAGAGGGCGAUGGAUCGGAGAGGCUCGGUAAUCUUGGGGCGACGGUUGGUCAGAACGAGAAAACUGCCGCAACCAAAGACAAUAAUAAUGUUCCUCUUGCUGCGAGCAAUUCGAGCAGCGGCUACGAUCACUUCUUAGAAACUACAGGUCUUAGCAACAAAUCCAUAUUAACACCAUCGAGGUUGCUGAGCAACCACAAGAGUAUGUUAAAGCCAAAAGACGUCAAGUAUAAGAAUAAGAUCAAAGCGACAGCAGUUAUGGAAAAACAUGGUGUUUCCACGACGAAUAAUACUACCCAUAUUAGACAUUGGACUGGCCCAUUCGUCUGACGACUGGUUCAAGUUUUUCCAAAAAAUCUGUUUCGACAAGAAGCAUCUGCCGAAGGAACUUAAAUUAAUAAGCAAACGAAAAGUAGUAACCAUAAUAUGAAUUAGUGAUCAUUAAAACCGUGCUAGGAACACGAUUCUUUAAGUGCAAAAUGUAAUUCUGUAAAUUAUUAAUGUUCUCUUUCCUCUUUUUAAUACCUUUAUCAGAUCUUUUGUUACUAAAGAAAUUGUGGAACGUAGAAGUUAAUUUAUUUAUAGCACCUUCAAUUUAAAGAAUACUUGAAUAUGUUGUAUAUUUUAAUAAAAUAUCGUUUACCUAUUUAUAGCAUUACUAAUCAAGUCACAAUGGAUUGAGUAAUUAAUAGUACAUCAUUGGGAAUAGCUUAUAAACGUAAAUACUUACAUACGUUAAUAAGCUUUUUUCACUAUAAAGUGCCACAAGUAAGUUCAUUUACUACGGAAAUCAACGUUUUUGUUAUUUUCUAGUUAAAGUUGUACAUCAAAAAUUGAAAAUAUUAAAUUAUAAUGGUCUUAAAUUAAGCUAUAAUUACGUUCAUCAUCCGGUAUUUUGUGAAAUUUUAAAUAUCAAACUCUAAUCAGUAUCUCAACCAAUUGUUAGUUAAACGUUGUAGCAUUUGAGAAUCUGUAUGUACGUAAUUACGGAUUAACUAUUCAUCAACUAAAUGAUACAAAAGCAAAAUAUACGCAUUCUAUAAAAGUAUUAAAGGCAUUCAUUCGAGGAUAAAAGUAAAGAUGUACUUAUUUUUUGUUGGAAAUAAAAUUAAAGAUGACUUUAUUGAAAGAUUCCUGCGUUUGAUUAAGAAAUAGGAAUACACCAGUAUAAUAUUAAGUAUUUUGUGGCGAUUUAUAAACAACUAGAACAUAUGAUACAAUUAUAUAUAAUAUACAUAUAUAUAUAACUUCUACUAUCUAUAAAAAUACAACGCAACUCUAUAAAAAUACAGUGCUAACUGUUACUGGUAUCAAAAUCUAAAUAGAGCAUGGAAGAGAAAAGUACUUUAGAAAAUGGACAAUAUUUAAAUUCGAACAUUUCAUCGGUAAAUGUUUUGAAAGUAAUUCCAUUUUCGUAGGUUAGUAUGAAUCACUCGUUCAGGCACUCUAUUACACUUGGCUAGUGCUAUAUUAUCAAUACAAAUGUAUAGACAUAGCUGAAAAAUUGCGUGAACAAUCACGCAAUUAAUUUGGCACAAUGGUUUCUUCAAGUUUCU